AUGUUACAGUCAAGACAAAGUCUGCAAAUAACAAACCGUCCCAUCCACAAAUCCAAAGGCGCCUUGCUACAGUUCCAAGACUCCCUACCUCAACUCCCGGUCCCAACGCUGGAAAAAACUGCAAAACAAUAUGUAAAGUCCCUCCAUCCCCUGCUUUCAGCAGAACAAUACCUCGCCAGCAAGGCCGCGGUUGAAGACUUCAUCAAACCAGGCGGAGUCGGAAGAGCGCUCCAAGCCAGACUCCUUGCAAGGAGAGACAACCCAGAAAUCCAAAACUGGCUCAACGACUGGUGGAAUGAGACAGCUUACUUGGGAAACCGCGAGCCCGUGGUGCCGUAUACCAGCUACUUCUGCUCUUAUCGCGACGACCACCUGGUUGGAAAUCCAGCGAAGAGAGCAGCUGCUAUUACCUUUGCCGCGCUUGAGUUUCAGGGCCUUGUUGAUUCUUCCUCGCUUGAGCCGGAGCUUACAAAGGGCCAGCCACUGUGCAUGGCUGGGUAUAAAUGGCUGUACAAUGCCACGCGCAUGCCUGCGCGCCCUUCAGACAUCCCCGUGAAGUUCAAGGCCGACGAGCACAAACAUAUCAUUGUGGUUCGAAAAAACCAAUUCUUCUUGAUUCCUCAUACUUUAGAUGGAAAGCAACUGAGUGCCGUCGAGCUAGAACGGCAGUUCAAUCGCGUCUACCAACUGGCCAGCACACAGGCCCAGGCCCAGGUGCCCGCAGUUGGCGCCCUGACGUCCGCAAAUCGAGACACCUGGGCAGAUACUCGCGGGCUGCUGCACUCUCACUCUCACCCUACGAACAAGGAAGCCCUACGUGUCAUUGAGUCGGCUUCAUUCCUCGUCUGCCUGGACGAGGCGGCCCCAGUCAAGCUUGAAUCGCGAGCACGACAGUACUGGCACGGCGACGGCGCGAACCGAUGGUACGACAAGCCGGUGCAGUUUAUCGUUAAUGAAAACGGCACCGCGGGAUUCAUGGGCGAGCAUUGCAUGGUGGAUGGGACGCUGGCACUGCAGUUAAACGAGUACAUCAACGCGCGGAUCCUCAGCGGGCUUGAAUUCGAUGCUGCAGGUGGCAGGCUGGACAUGCCGGUGCCACGCCGGGUUCAGUUUGAGGUGACGGGGCAAGUGCAGGUUCAGAUUGCGCGCGCGGUCGCGGAGUUUCAUUCUGUGAUGACGCGGCAUAAUCUUGCGGUUUUGGCGUACAAGGGAUAUGGAAGGGCGCUGGUUAAGAAGUUGCAGUGUUCGCCGGACGCGUACGUCCAGAUGUUGAUCCAGCUUGCGUACUUCAAGAUGCAUGGGAAGAUUGUCCCGACGUAUGAGUCUGCGUCGACGCGGCGGUUCCAGCUCGGGCGGACGGAAACAUGCCGCUCGGUUUUGGAUGAGUCGGUGGCUUGUGCCGCUGCGUCAAUGGGCAAGGGCGUUGAUAGGCAUUUGUUUGGCCUUAGGAAGGUCCUCAGACCAGACAAGGAGAUUCCUGUUAGUUCUGAGUUCUUCAAUGGAUAUGGCUGGGCCCAGGCCGUUGAUGAUGGGUUUGGGGUCGCGUAUAUGAUCAAUGAGAAUUGGCUCAACUUCAACAUUGUUUCUAAAGGCCCUGACUGCGACCGCAUGAGAUACUACCUGCGUGAAGCUGCUGAGGAAAUGCAUUACUUGCUGAAGGAAACGAUAGCGCCUGAGGUAAAGCUGUAG